AUGGCCGACGCCAACGACCAACGAGCAGUCCCUGUGGCAUUUGCGCCCCCGCCACCUUUAUGGAAGCAUUUUACGCGCGAGAACAUCGACAAGCUCGAGCAGAUCAAGGCGGAGGCGUCCAAGGACAAGGAUGCACAGUCUGUGCGCGGCAAGCGGUGGUCACCAUCGGAACUACGUGCUUUAGAUCUGCCACCGGAGCUGCGCUUCCUGGUGCCGCCGGAGAUUCCCACGGGGGAGUACUCGGUCUUUGGGGAAGUGCAAACGCUAUCUACAACAUUGCCGUCCUUGAAAGAUCAGGAUAUCGAGCAGCUCUACCCGGAGCCCGCGACAGACUCCGAUCCUUCGCGACCUGCCCAGCCUCUCAACCAUGCCUACUAUUUGCUGAAGAUUAGCAAAUCCCUCCUUCUGAACUUCCUGGAGUUUGUCGGGGUGCUUUCAGUGUCGCCCGAGCAAUUCGAAUCCAAGGUGGAGGACCUGCGCAACCUGUUCAUCAAUGCCCAUCACCUUCUGAACCUGUAUCGACCCCACCAGGCCCGCGAAUCGCUCAUGAUGAUGAUGGAGGAACAACUGAAGCGGACCAAGGAUGAAAUUAAGCAAAUGGAUAAGGUCAAAUCGGACAUUGAGAAUCUUCUGCAACAACUCGAAAUGGAGGGUGGCAAAGCGAACUCUGCCGAGCGACUUGAGAACACCAUGCGGUCGAAGGAAGCGGCUAAACGAUCCAUCGAGGAUGCGCAAUUGGUGUGGGAUCUUCUGGACAAGGAGAACUGA